AGAAAAAAGAAAAGAACAAAAAAAGAAAAUCAAGAAGAAAAUAAGGCAAACAGAGGAAAAAGGGAAGAGCACUGAAAACAACAGAACCAGCAGAGGAACACCAAACACGUAAUAUAAACCAGAAAAUCAGAGCUAAGAGAAGAAAAGAACACGAAAAAAUAAGAAGAAAAGAAGGCAAACAAGAGGGAAAGGGAAGAGAAGAGCCGUUGAAAAAGACCAUUCCUCCUGAUAACCACACAGGAAGUCAAGAAGAGCGGAACCAUUAUUGGAACGGCAGAGUUUGUAAACAUGGCAGACGAGGCGGCGAGGAGGCGAGAGCUGAGGCGGAGGAAGAUACUGGAGAAUGCUGAGGAGAGGAAGAGAAAGAUUUUUGGCACCACGAAGAUCAAAGAGGAGAAAGAAACGCCAGUGUGUGAGGACCCGCCGCUGCCGCCGCUGACCCGGCAGACGCCACCCAAGGAGACUUUCCCUCUGAGGGAAGGCAGCGUGCUGGCUGCCGAGGAGCCCGUGUGUGAUGGCCGUGACCUCCAGGACAGCAUAGACACUGGCCAGCCUCCACUGGCAACACACAACUCCCACAACAUCAGCGACGAUUCCUUCCCUCUCAACACCCCACUCACCUCCACACCGCGGCCGGAGCGACACAGUCCCACAGUCCUGUCUCCUGGCUCUCGGCUGCUUAACGGCACCGUACCAGACUCUACUGAACAGUUCCUCAACCUGAGCCGGCUGUCUGCAGCCAAUGGAAGCCUUGCCUCCCCUGGGGCCGAGGCCGCACCCAGACCAGAGCCGGAGUCAUCCCGGGCUGUGGUGGUGCCAAUGUUGCUGGCCCUGCUGGUGUGCUGCCUCCUGUCCCUCAAUCUGGGCUACAUUGUAUCCAAUAGCAUUGCAUUUCCAUUCCUGCUGUGGGAGAGCCACAGCCUGUGGUGCAGAUGGCAGGCCCUGCAGGCCGCCUCCCGGGGCAGGUCCAGCCUGCUGGUGGUGGCCCUCAUGCUGAGUGGGGUGAACCAGACUACCAUUUCCAUCUAUGUGGUCAUAAUGAGUGUGAUGAAGUGCUUUAUGGAAGACUUCUUCCUGUACAUAUUUACCGUAGUGAUGUGGUCCAGCACGGUGGGGCUGCCCGGCUUGUCCAGCCUGCAAGACCAAGCAGCCCAGCCUGGCGUGGCCUUUGCACCGGAGCAGGUGUUUGCCAGCGAGGAUGUGGACAGCCUGGAGGAGUUUUGAGGGAGAGUAUUUAUUGAGUAUUUAUCUUUUCAGGAUUUGUAAAGAAUUGCCAUAUUGUGCAAUGAUUAUGUGCGUACCUUUAGGGCGACAGAUGGCUUUCUUCAAGUAACGCUUACAUGAUCAGUAAUCAUCAGCCUCCACUUACUUACCGUUAAAGUUGCAUCGUCGUCCAGUGUUAUUGUCAUGGUGGCAGGAACAUGAACAUGAACCAUUGACACACACACACACACACUUUAUUUCAUGUGCAGGCAUUUGUUAAGGCACAGGAGUUGGUUUGCAGGGUGUCAAAGGAAUGCUGCCGCUGCUGCUCACGUCUUUGCCACAGCCUCACUCUUGCCAAGUCCUGCCAUUGAAAUUUACGCUGCUGCAGAUCACUUGUUAUUUUUGUUUAUUGAUAUGUUUAAUCUUUGUCUGUUGUUAUUAGGGUAUUUUGUGCCAAAUUAUGCUGGUGUGCUUUACUUCAAUGAAAGGUUGUCACUAGUGAAUUGGUGAUCAGAGGUGAAACCUUGACAAUGGCUAGGGACAUGAGGGAAAUAGAGUGAAGGAGACAAACUGAGGUUCUUGAGAGGGAUUUGCAAAUUAAGACCAUUUUACUAACUAUAUAUUUACACGUAAUCUUGCUGCUCAUCAAGUAAACACAGAGCUUUUCCUUCAAAACUGUGAUGAUUGCAUAGAAAUAUUUCGUCUCCUCUUCAGUUUACACAGCAAAUAUCUUAUACUUAUGCCACAGACAUUGCAUAAUAAAGUUGUGUACCCAUCUGUCAACAUAUCAGAUGUGGGUGGUGAAGACUGGGGCUCAUAUUCUCAAACACUUCUGUGCUUCACCUCAACUAUUUCAGAAGGCUUUAUCUAAAUUUACAAGUUUUUGAGGUAUUUUUAUGGUUCUAGAGGCAGAGUGACAAGAUUUCUAUAUUAUCAACUGGAGAAACAUUCUUGAAAACCUGGCUAAUCAUAUCAGUAGCCUUGGAAAAUAGUCAUGGUGAGAGAGCAGAGUGUUUCUGAAUAUGGGCAUGGGGUGUUUGAGUGUGCACUGAGUUGAGGAGUUGUGUUGUUGCAGCCCGGCAGGAGUGGAAUGCUGGCAGUCCUUCUCUCCUGUGUCUGGUUUUUCUGCCUUAUAACUUAGACCACUAUGAGAUGAGGAGGAGUGUAAUGUCACCUCAGGUUCUAUAUUGGCGUGCCCUUUAUUAGAUUCCAUGAUAUGUUUUCUAGGAAGCAAGGUUUAAGUAGCUUUUGUUCUGUUUGGUUGUAUUUAUUUUCCUAGUCUUAUAAUCUUGGAAAAAUUAUAUGAUUCUGUUUU